UUACUUUCACUGUUUAUCUCUGCCAACCCUUUUCCAUUUUUCAAGACCAUGGCUUCCUUUUGCAUUCAUUCCUCAAGUUUCAAUCUUUCCAAACCAUUGUACAUGUUUAGUAUGUUUGCAAAGCAAUGACGUUUUUGUCUGCAAAAGGGCUUCUGUUUCUUGAGUUGUACUAGGAGUAGAAGCCCCAAAGUAAAUGCAUGGAUCAAAGGGAUGCUAUGACAUUAGCAGGCUCGGGUUCGUAUUACAUGCAGGCCGAGUCUGUCACGGGGCUGCAGAGCUCACCUAGCUUGAGUCCAAUGUCCAAUGCUGCCGUGCACUUCCAAUCCAACACCGGUGGCAGCAUGAAUGUCUCGUCUUUACCUUUAGAUACUUCAUCAGCAAUGUCUGCUCAUGGGGUUAGUGUAGGCCCACAUGCUAUGCAGCAACAAGGUGAACCCGUACGCAGGAAACGUGGAAGGCCACGCAAGUAUGGCCAUGAUGGUGCAGUUUCACUAGGACUGUCACCCUCUAUUUCUAAUCCUACACCGAUGGCAAGAGCAACUCAAAAGUGGAGAGGGAGACCACCGGGGGUUGGACGUAAGCAGCAGCUCUCGCCUCUAGGUGGAUCUGCUUUCAGUGGAGCUGGAACAAUGACUCCACAUAUCAUCAACGUUGCAGUUGGAGAAGAUAUCAAAAGAAAGGUAAUAUCUCUUCUACAGGGACGAAGAGGCAUAGUUAUCUUGUCGGGCGUUGGUUCCAUCUCUGCGGCAAAUAUCAAGAUUUCAAAUUCUAGUGGAAGUGUCACGUACGAGGGGCAUUUUGAUAUGGUAAAUCUAUCAGGCUCUUACAUCAACGACAUUGAUGGUCCUCACGGUCCGACUGGUGGUCUUAAUGUCACGUUUGCUGGUCCUGAUGGUCGUCUCAUAGGCGGCCCAGUCGAGGGACUUCUCAUUGCUGGAAGCCCUGUUCAGGUGAUUGCUGGAAGCAUGGUUGCUUUCACUAAGCCCAAAAACAAGGUGCCCGAAGAUCUGGAACCUUCUGGAGACCCUCAUCGUAGCACUCUUGGAAACUCGAUAAAUCCAGCCAAUGUUAGUCAGAAUCUCAACCAGAUGCACGCAUGGGCGAAUUCAAGAUGAUGGAUGUAUAUGAAACCGUUGUGUUGACAUUAACUGAAGCCGGAAUGAAAAGAGCAGUUUGGCUCAAUGCAUUUGUUUUUCUUACAUGACAUAGGCUGUCCUAAAAUGUACAUCCCUCCAUUAAAAGAUUUUCCUUGUACCUGCUGUAUGAACAACAAUAGUUGUAAUUCAUCUUGAGAGUACAGCUCAAGAAACAUUUGUAUACUCGGUUUUUACUAUCAAAUUGGGAGCCUUUUCUGAA